AUGGCGAACCUUUCCGAAGAGAUUAUCAUCGAAAUACACUCGAGACUUCCCAUCACCACUCUCUGCCAAUUCAGUUAUGGACUUGGCUAUGAUUCAUCCAAUGAUGACUACAAAGUUGUGAGAAUUUCUCAUUAUUUCUGUAUAUCUGAUUGUACUGAUAGUAUUAUAGUCAGUGUUGGCUCUCUCCAUUGGUUAGCUACGGAUUCGAAAAAGUUGGAUGUUAUUGCUACAUUUCAUUUGGCAGAUGAAAAUUUCCAGAUUAUGCCAUUUCCAACUCUGCAGUAUGCUCACCGUCUUAAGCUUCGGCUUGGUGCCCUUGAUGGGUGCCUUCGUGUGCUUGUUCCUCUCAGUAAUGGUUGCCAAGAUGUUUGGGUGAUGAAAGAGUAUGGUGUGAGAGAUUCCUGGACCAAAAUCACAAUCGGUUCGAAAAUCUUGUGUUUACCAAGGACUGGCCAAGUUUUGUUCGAAACGAGAAGAAAUAAGCUAAUGCUCUUUGAUCCUCAAGAAGAAAAAUGUAGGGAGCUAGUGGUUCGAAGCGGUUCAUCUCAAUUUGAAGCAGGAACUUAUGUGGAGAGCCUUGUUUCACCCAAUUGGAGCAACAUGAUCAAGAGGUCCCUCCAAGCACAGAUGGAAGCAUGCGAAGCCAAGAAUAAAGUAGACCUGUCAGAGGCAAAGAGAUAUAGGUUGGAUGAGUGA